AUGGCAGAGCUACGCAGCUCGUAUGUGGAGAGGUUCACGAAGGAGACCAAAGCCCAGGUAUCGCUCUGUAUAGACGGAGGCCCGCUAGAUGUCCUGCCUGAUAGCCACAAAGCCUUCAAGUCAUCCAGUGUCCCCGAUCAAAAAGAAGAGCACCAUGCAUGCCAAUUUUCCCCCUCACAGCACAUCUGGAUAUGGACUGGGGUUGGAUUCCUAGAUCAUAUGUUGCAUGCAUUGGCGAAACAUGGUGGUUGGAGUCUACGAAUUCGUACCGUUGGUGAUCUUGCCAUUGACGACCAUCACACCACCGAGGAUACAUUCCUUGCCCUCGGAGAGGCCCUGUCAAAGGCUUUGGGGGAUCGAAAGGGAAUCAAGAGAUUUGGGAGCGCCUAUGCUCCGCUAGAUGAGGCACUUGCGCGGGCAGUCAUCGAUAUCUCGUCCCGCCCUUUCUUCGCUGGCGUCUUUGACUUCAAGGAUGCAAAGAUUGGUAACCUUACUACCCAGAUGAUUCCCCACGGCCUCCAGAGCUUUGCACAUACGGCAGGUGUCACCCUGCACGUCGAUGUGUUGAAGGGAGAAAACGACCAUCACCGUGCCGAGGCUGCCUUUAAAGCUUUGGCGGUAGCUAUUAAAGAUGCCACCGCUAAGGUUGCUGGGAAGGAAGGCGAGGUUAUCAGUACAAAGGGAGUUUUAUAG